GCUCCGCCCCCGCCUCGGUAUAAGAGCUGGGCCCGGCCCACCGCGGCGGCGGCGGCGGCGGCGAGAGCUGGCUGGGGCGUCCGCUAGGUUCGGACGGCCUGCUGCGCCUCCCAACCCGCUUCCAUAAGGCUUUGCCUUUCCAACUUCAGCUACAGUGUUAGCUAAGUUUGGAAAGAAGGAAAAAGGAAAAUCCCCGGGCCCCUUUUCUUUUGUGGUUUGCCAAAGUCGUUGUAGUCUUUUUGCCCAAGUCUGUUGUGUUUUUAGAGGUGUUAUCUCCAGCUCCUUGCACUCCUGUUAACAAGCACCUCAGCGAGAGCAGCAGCGAGAGCAGCCGCCGAAGAGCCAGCGGGGUCGCCCAGUGUCAUGACCAGGGCAGGAGAACACAACCGCCAGAGAGGAUGCUGUGGAUCCUUGGCCGACUACCUGACCUCUGCAAAAUUCCUUCUCUACCUUGGUCAUUCUCUCUCCACUUGGUAAGUCAAGCAAAGGAAGUUCUCAUGAGAAAGUAAACAGCAGCAACUACAACCAUAUAAGGUUUAGUGGAUUUUUACUCCUUUCUACUGCAAAGGAGUGCAAAAGAGGAAUGUCUCUAACACUAGGGAGAUCGGAUGUGGCACUUUGCUGUGUCUGUGUUUCUGGUAGAGCUCUAUGGAAACAGCCUCCUUUUGACAGCAGUCUACGGGCUGGUGGUGGCAGGGUCUGUUCUGGUCCUGGGAGCCAUCAUUGGUGACUGGGUGGAUAAGAAUGCUAGACUUAAAGUGGCCCAGACCUCGCUGGUGGUACAGAACGUUUCAGUCAUCCUGUGUGGUAUCAUCCUGAUGAUGGUUUUCUUACAUAAACACGAGCUUCUUACCAUGUACCAUGGAUGGGUUCUCACUUCCUGCUAUAUCCUGAUCAUCACUAUUGCAAAUAUUGCAAAUUUGGCCAGUACUGCUACUGCAAUCACAAUCCAAAGGGAUUGGAUUGUUGUUGUUGCAGGAGAAGACAGAAGCAAACUAGCAAAUAUGAAUGCCACAAUUCGAAGGAUUGACCAGUUAACCAACAUCUUGGCCCCAAUGGCUGUUGGCCAGAUUAUGACAUUUGGCUCCCCAGUCAUUGGCUGUGGUUUUAUUUCGGGAUGGAACUUGGUAUCCAUGUGCGUGGAGUACUUUCUGCUCUGGAAGGUUUACCAGAAAACCCCUGCUCUAGCUGUGAAAGCUGCUCUUAAAGAAGAGGAAACUGAAUUGAAACAGCUGAAUUUACACAAAGAUACUGAGCCAAAACCCAUGGAGGGAACUCAUCUAAUGGAUGUGAAAGGCUCUAACAUCCAUGAGCUUGAACGUGAGCUAGAGCCUACUUGUGCCUCCCAGAUGGCUGAGCCCUUCCGUACCUUCCGAGAUGGAUGGGUCUCCUACUACAAUCAGCCCGUGUUUCUGGCUGGCAUGGGUCUUGCUUUCCUUUAUAUGACUGUCCUGGGCUUCGACUGCAUCACCACAGGGUACGCCUAUACUCAGGGACUGAGUGGUUCAAUCCUCAGUAUUUUGAUGGGAGCAUCAGCUAUAACUGGAAUAAUGGGAACUGUGGCUUUCACUUGGCUACGUCGAAAAUGUGGUUUGGUUCGGACAGGUCUGAUCUCAGGAUUGGCACAGCUUUCCUGUUUGAUCUUGUGUGUGAUCUCUGUGUUCAUGCCUGGAAGCCCCCUGGACUUGUCCAUUUCUCCUUUUGAAGAUAUCCGAUCGAGGUUCAUUCAAGCAGAGUCAAUCACACCUACCAAGAUACCUGAAACCAUUACUACAACUGAAAUACACAUGACUAACGGGUCUAAUUCUGCUACUAUUGUCCCGGAGACAAAUCCUGAAUCUGUGCCCAUAAUCUCCGUCAGUCUGCUGUUUGCAGGCGUCAUUGCUGCUAGAAUCGGUCUUUGGUCCUUUGAUUUAACUGUGACACAGUUGCUGCAAGAAAAUGUAAUGGAAUCUGAAAGAGGCAUUAUAAAUGGUGUACAGAACUCCAUGAACUAUCUUCUUGAUCUUUUGCAUUUCAUCAUGGUCAUCCUGGCUCCAAAUCCUGAAGCUUUUGGCUUGCUCGUAUUGAUUUCAGUCUCCUUUGUGGCAAUGGGCCACAUUAUGUAUUUCCGAUUUGCCCAAAAUACUCUGGGAAACAAGCUCUUUGCUUGCGGUCCUGAUGCAAAAGAAGUUAGGAAAGAAAAUCAAGCGAAUACAUCUGUUGUUUGAGACAGUUAACUGUUGCUAUCCUGUUACUAAAUUGUAUAGAGCACAUGUGCUUAUUUUGUACUGCAGAAUUCCAAUAAAUGACUGGGUAUUUCUCUCUUUUACCACAGCUGUGCCUUAAGGACUAAAAGCGAUUUAGGAAACCUAAGUCAGCAGAAAUGAGCUGGUUAAUUUCCCUAUGUUUAGGCAUGGAAAAAAAAUUGGAAAAGAAAAACUCAGUUGAAAUACAGAGACUAUAAUGAUAACACUGAAUUCCCCUAUUUCUCAUGAGUAGAUGCAAUCGUACAUAAAAGGGUGGUUUAGUCACGUGAGUUCAGUUAUCCUUUGGCAGAUUCUUAUCUGUACCAGAAUUCAGAUAUGUCAGUUUUCUGUAAAACUCACUCUUGUUCAAGACUGGCCAAUUUAUUUUUUUGCAUCUUAGUUAUAUUUUAAAAACAAAUUCUUUAAGUAUGAAGACUAAAUUUUGAUAACCAGUAUUAUCCUAUUGAUCUUAAGGUAUUUACAUGUAUGUGGAAAAAGAAAAUACUUAACUAGAAUUCUCUAAUAAGGUUUAUGGUUUAACUUAAAGAGCACCUUUGUAUUUUUAUUAUCAGAAGGGGCAACAUAUUGUAUUAAGCAUAUGUAGCACUUCAGAGCAUGGUUAUCAUGUAAGCUGCAGGUAGAAGCAAAGCUGUAAAGUAGAUUUAUCACAUGAUGACUGCAUACAGACUUCAAAUAUGUCAAUAGUUUGGUCAUAGAACCUAGAAGCCAGAAGCUACACAGAAGGGCAAGAAUCCUACUUUAACGCAUGUUACCAUCAUUAGUGAUCUCUGUCUAGAACAUGGGGGUGUAGGCCUUCAGUCUGACAAGUUACAUGUAGAAAGCCCACACUUGUAAAGAUUUUGUUUUAUAAAUCAUUUGAUUUAUUUUUUAACACACUCAGGUAGAAUAUUUUUAUUUUUACUGUUUUAUACCCAGAAGUUAUUUCUACAUUGUUCUACAGCAAGAAUAUUCAUAAAAGUAUCCCUUUCAAAUGUCUUUGAGAAGAAUAGAAGAAAGUUUGUAUAUAUUUUUAAAAAUUGUUUUAAAAGUCAGUUUGCAACAUGUCUGUACCAAGAUGGUACUUUGCCUUAACCGUUUAUAUGCACUUUCAUGGAGACUGCAAAAUGUUGCUAUGAGCACUUUCUUUAUCCUUGGAGUUUAAUCCUUUGCUUCAUCUUUCUACAGUAUGACAUAAUGAUUUGCUAUGUUGUAAAAUCUUUGUAAAAAAAUUUCUAUAUAAAAAUAUUUUUAAAAUCUUAAA